AUGGCUUCUUCUUCUUCUUCUUCACUAAUCACGAUCUUCCUACUGAGCUCCGCUCUUGCUGCCUGCGCAGCAAAUUUCUACCAAAACGUAGACAUAACAUGGGGCGACGGCAGAGCCAAGAUACUCAACAAUGGAGACCUUCUCACUCUCUCCCUAGAUAAGUCCUCUGGCUCUGGUUUUCAGUCCAGGAAUCAAUACCUCUUCGGAAAAAUGGAUAUGCAGAUCAAACUCGUCCCCGGGAACUCCGCUGGAACUGUCACAUCCUACUACUUGAAGUCGCUGGGAUCGAGUUGGGACGAAAUAGAUUUCGAAUUCUUGGGGAAUUUGAGCGGCGACCCUUACAUUCUUCACACCAAUGUAUUUAGUGAAGGAAAAGGAAACAGAGAGCAACAAUUCUACCUCUGGUUCGAUCCCACUGACAAUUUCCACACUUAUUCAAUCCUCUGGAACCCACAACGCAUUAUAUUCUCAGUGGACGGGAUACCCAUCAGGGAAUUUAAGAACGCAGAGUCAAUCGGCGUGCCUUACUUAAAGAACCAGCCUAUGAGGAUCUAUUCAAGCCUGUGGAACGGCGAUCAAUGGGCAACCAAAGGUGGCCUUGUGAAGAUAGAUUGGACCAAGGCCCCAUUCACGGCCUUCUACCGGAAUUUCAACGAUGCCACCGCCUGUUUCUGGUCAGGUGGUAACGCCGGAAAGUCGUCUUGCACCGGCUCGAGUGACCAUGCAUGGAUGAAUGAGCAGCUGAACACGACGAGCCAAGAGAAGAUGAGAUGGGUGCGCAAGAACUACAUGGUGUAUAAUUACUGCAAUGACAUCAAGAGGUUCCCUCUAGGGUUUCCGGCUGAGUGUUCUUUAUUGAAGACAUAA